AUGAAACGCACUGGAAGACACGCCCUGUCUUCUACUCAAGUCUGUGACUUUUUAAGUUUUAUUCCAUACUGUGAUGAUUUUCCUGCGACAUUUAUAAGGGCUUCAGUAAUAAAGGAGGUACUAGACCCGGAAGAUGUCCAGGUUCUAUACAAAUUAGACGGAAAAGAUUAUAAUGGUCAAGAGCUAAUUGUGGCCGCAAAGCAAAAUAAUAACACUCUCGUCAAACCAAUCUGUUCAGAAGUAGUCGAACAGUCAUAUGGUUUCACGAUUGGAUUAUCAAAAAUUUUGUUCAAAAAGAUUCCGAUAAAUGCAACUUAA